AUGGAAAACAAGCAUAAGUUAUUGGCAACUGAAAGUUCUCAAGGUCAAGGAGUUUGUCCUAACAAUAUAGUAGAUAGAUUCAGUACUCUUCCAGAUGAAAUUGCUCUUCACAUACUUUCAUCGCUGGAUUUUCAAGGUCUCACUCGAGUAGGUGCUGUGUCAAAGAGAUGCUAUGAGUUUUAUCUCUUAACUCCGUCAUUCUGCUUUGACGCCCGUCAUGAUAACAUGAAGAACAAAUCCAUCAGGAUGAAUUGUUUCGAUCAGUUCUUGCUACGUCGUGGGAAUAAUAAGAUGCAUCGUUUUCGUAGUGAUUUGUGGUUACCCAAAAGCCUCUCUUGUAAGGUAUCCCAAGUCAUGACUUGGAUCGAUAAAGCAGCAAGCUGUAGUGUUGAAGUGCUUGUUCUUCGGUUGAAUAAUGUAUCUAAGGGGAUGACAGGAUUGCCAUCUUCCAUAUUUUGUUGUGGAUCUUUGAGGUCACUAUUGGUGGAAAUGGGGGAGAUUUUCAAUGUGCCAUCCUUUCCUUGUCCCAAUAAUCUCCAAAGCUUGAGCUUGACCUGUGUUAGGUUAACAGAGGGGUUUUCCAAAUGGAUCUCAAGUUCCUGCAAAUGCAUUAGAGAAAUAAAGCUUAACAGCGUUCAAGCAGAAAAUAUAACCAUUGCGAGCUCAUCUUUGGAAUCAUUUACUUUUGACGCCAGUUCCGACCUCCGUUGUCUUAAAAUCUCAGGUGAGAAACUUGAAAGUAUACAUAUAAAGUGGAGAUUAUAUGGCCCUGGCAGCAGAUCAUUACAUGUUUGUGCUCCUAACCUGAAGUAUUUGAAGUGGAAAGGGGAUUUGUUGAGUCAAUCACAUCUGGGGAAGUUAUUAUCUAUAGAAAGGGCUGAGCUUUUUCUGGAGUCCUGGUCAGACAGUGUCUGUGACUAUCACAACACAUUCGAGCUUCUUUGCAGUAUAUGCAGGGUUAAAACACUUAUUUUAAGUGACAGGACCAUUCAGGCUUUGUUUAGGGAAGGUUCCAUGGCUGCACCACUCUUUGAUACUUCUUACUUGCGUAUCAAAACUGCAAACCUGGAUAAUGCUCUAGUCCCAGCAAUGGUCUCUCUUAUGAGAGGAAUGUCAAAUUUGAAUACUUUGGAGAUAAAGUCUGACCCUUCCUUAGUCUUCCUCAAACCGAAAUCGUGUGGAUUUAAUGGGAAAUACUGGAAAUCCCAACACCUGGAUUUUGUAAAUCAGCUUAAGGAAGUAACAAUACAACUUUCAAAUGGUAACAAUUCAUGGCAGUUGGCAAGGUUUAUUCUCGAGCAUGCUCAGAAUUUGAAGAAGAUGACCAUAUUUUAUCUACCCACAAAAGAACAUGUUAUCGAAAAGGUGAGUAACAGCAAGAAGGUCUCCUCUGCUACAAUCGACUUUCACGAGAAAAACUGGAGAUAA